AUGGCAACAAAAGGACAUCUUUCUGCUCCAGUGCUGUGUUUGAUUCUCCUCUCCAUUCAGGUCUCCCUGGGCGCUGAUGAAUUAAGGCUGUCAAAUGGAACUGGUCCCUGCUCUGGAAGAGUGGAAGUAAAACAUGAGGAGCAGUGGGGAACUGUGUGUGAUGGUGACUGGACCAUAAAGGAUGCUGAGGUUGUCUGUAAACAACUACAAUGUGGAUUUGCUGUUAAGGCCCUAAAUCGAGCUCCUUUUGGAGAAGGAACUGGACCAACAUGGUUGUACCGAGUUGAUUGCCGUGGUGAUGAAUCUGCUCUCUGGAACUGCACACAUACAGGAUGGGGUGCUUUUACCUGCCCUCAUUACUUUGAUAUUGGAGUAAUCUGCUCAGGCUUCUCUGAUCUGCGUCUGACUGGAGGGGACACUGCCUGCUCAGGACAUCUGAAAGUAAAGCUAGAAGAAACUUGGGCGACUGUCUGUUUCUCACACAUUGAUUUCAAAACUGCCUCUGUUAUAUGUAAUGAGAUAGAGUGUGGCCAGGCUGUGGAUACCUUGAAAGGAACUCACUUUGGAGACAGACAUGAACUGAUCUGGCAAGAACAGUUUCACUGCGUAGGGAAUGAGACUCACCUUGCAGAGUGUCCCAGGAACAUACACCAUACUAACACGUGCUCUCAUGAUGCCACUGUUGUGUGUUCAGGCUACGGCGGGUACAGGCUGGCAAACGGCACUACCACAUGUUCAGGGAGAGUAGAGCUUCUUCAUGGAGGCACAUGGGGAACCCUGUGUGACUACCUGUGGGAUUUACCAGCUGCCAAUAUCCUCUGCCAGCACCUAGACUGUGGAGUUGCCCUACUGAUACCAAGUGGACGGUCCUUUGGGGAAGGAAAUGGAUCUGUCUGGAACGGCACAUUCAGCUGCCAGAAAAAUGGCUCACUCCUGAGAGACUGUCCCGUGCAUGCUCUAGGGCAUGAUGAAUGCCCUGCUGGAAAAGAGGCCCGUGUGGUAUGUUCAGGGUGUCCAGGGGGUAGGUUGGUGAAUGGCACCACAUGCUCUGGCAUAGUGGAGAUCCGUCAUGGAGACACGUGGGGAAGACUCUGCCACUCCCACUGGAAUUUGCAAGCUGCCCAUGUUCUCUGCCAACAGCUGAACUGUGGCUAUGCAAAAUCAAUCCAGAUGGAAGACAGUUUUGUGGAUGGACAUGGGCCUAUAUGGAGAGAUGCUUUUCACUGUGAAGGGACCGAGUCCUGCCUGUGGGAUUGUGCUCAAGUGACUUUGGGCAAUCCAACCUGUUCAGCCAAAGAAGCCGCCACUGUAACUUGCUCGGGUCUUGCUGAAUCACUCAGACUCUCAGAGGGUGAGAGCCGCUGUGAUGGGCGAGUUGAGAUCUCCCUCCAUAGUGUGUGGAGCAGAGUCCUGGAUGACGACUGGGACAUUAAGGAUGCCCAUGUGGUGUGCAGACAGCUCCAGUGUGGAACUGCUGAGAAAGCCUAUUACCUUCCAAAGUCUGAGAGAGGAAUUGGUCUUGUUGGCCUAAGGAGUGUCCAGUGUACUGGAAACGAGACUCAGCUGAUGCUCUGCAACACGUCCCAUUAUCACACAGUGCCAACAGGAGUUUCUGAAGACGUUGGUGUGAUUUGUUCAGGCAGCAGACAGAUGAGGCUGGUGAAUGGAACAAACCGCUGCGCUGGGAGAGUAGAGCUUUAUCAUUAUGGCAUCUGGGGCACCAUCUGUGAUGAUAACUGGGAUCUAUCAGAUGCCAAUGUUGUUUGCAAACAGCUUGGAUGUGGGCGUGCCAUCGAGGCGUUUGUCUCUGCUCACUAUGGCGAAGGGUCGGGGCAGAUCUGGCUGGAUGAUGUCAAUUGCACUGGGGCUGAAUCUGAUCUCUGGGCAUGUCCCUCUAGGGCGUGGGGCCAGCACAACUGCCAACACAAAGAGGAUGCUGGAGUCCUGUGCUCAGAUUUCCUGGCUCUGAGACUGGUGAAUGGCAAUGACUGUGCUGGGCGUGUGGAAGUUUUCUACAACGGGACGUGGGGCAGCGUUUGUUCCAAUCGCAUGUCCCAGCUCACCGCAGCGACCAUGUGCAAACACCUGGGCUGUGGAGAUGGAGGAGGAAUAGCAACGGACUUCAAAUAUGGCAGAGGCUCUGGGCCCACGUGGCUGGACCACAUUGAGUGCACUGAGCAGCACAGCUCACUCUGGCAAUGUCAGUCAGACCCCUGGGAUCCUCGGUCCUGCGAUAACCGAGCCGAAGAGACCCACAUUACUUGCAUUGGAAGAAAGGUGGCAACAUCUCCAGCUGCAUUUGCUGAGUGUCCAAAUUCUACAAGUUGUUCAGACAGGGAGAAGUUACGAGUCAUAGGAGGAGAGGAUGAAUGUUCAGGCAGAGUGGAGAUGUGGCACCAAGGUUCCUGGGGAACAAUCUGUGAUGACACCUGGGAUGUGGCAGAUGCCAACGUUGUAUGCAGGCAGCUGGGCUGUGGAUCUGCUGUGUCUGCUCUGAGUGAAGCUGCCUUUGGGGAAGGGACUGGUCCCAUCUGGUUGGAGAAGGUGCACUGCAAAGGAACAGAGCUGUCUCUUUGGGACUGUCCUGCCAAGCCUUUGUUUGGCAAAAACUGUGAUCAUAAGGAAGAUGCUGCUGUGAAUUGCUCUGGUGUGACAGAAACAACAGCAUCACCCACAAGAGCAGAUCGUCCCCGCCGCCCUGCCACAGGCAGUACGAGAUUUUCAGUGCCUGUCAUCCUCUGCAUUAUCCUGGGGACCCUUCUCUGCCUGGUCCUUGCCAUUCUUGCUGGGCAGAUCCGACGUGCCAGGGCACAGCAGAGAGGCUCCAGACUAUCCUACGACCCUUUCUCCGAGGCUGUCUAUGAAGAGAUUGAUUAUAACCUGAUGAGGGAAAAGCAGGGCAUGACUUUCCUCUCAGUCAAUACCUGUACUGUUCCAGAGACCUCUCUACUGCCUGAAAAUGCCCCGGAAGAUGGUUAUGAUGAUGUGGCAGAAGCUCCUGGACCUAGAGACGCUUCUCUUUCUGAGCACAAUGAAGAGGAAAUCAUUGGGAUCCCUGAAGAAAAUGACAGAAACAAGGAUUCAUGGAUAGACUGGACUCCCAGAAACAGGACCUCUGAGUCUGAGAGACCCUCAUCCCCUGCUCUUGAAGAUACAGGCUAUGACGACAUUGAAGAGCUGGGGCACUGAUAGAGACUGCUGAGCUGUACUGACUUCUUCUGGAAAUACAUCACUGUUCAUAAAAUGCUGAUCCUGUACUAGCAGAACCAGAACAA